CUGUCAGGUCACUGCUGUUACACUCUUUUAUUGUCGAAAAGGCUACCUCUUGACCAUCUCGGGCAGAAGCAUUGCUAGUUGGAGGCUGGACAAGUAACACGAGUCAUUGUAACUUGUUUCAGGUUCCUCUGCUGACCAGCCAUCUCGUCAAAUAUUGUAUAUAACUCACCGUCGACCAACUUCGAGCAAACGACAGCAUUUUCCAUUGAACGGGAAGAUUUUUCGAAGGGGUCUUCCUUUAUUCGCGCUGUAAAUCACUUAUUCGCGACCGCCGCUUGACGAUUGCCACCAGAAUUUCCAUACGAAUUUCUCCAUUGAUCGUCAACCCACAGUCCCGCGCCAACACUACGCCGCCAACAGACUCCUUCUCUUUUCUUCACUGACCUGGGAAGUUAAAUAGGGAACUUUCGCUCGUGAGCUUCCUCUUUAACACAUUCAUCACAUCGAAGCUAACCCAACACCUUCCAGCCGCUCACAUACACGUAUUUAUACAGGGAGCUUUGAAUAGGUAGUAUCAAGCUUUACGUCCCCUUCACUGUCACACUCGUUGCAGAGGUCACAAGACCUGUUUCUUCCCCGGAUUGGAACGGUGAUCUUAACGAGGCAGUCAUCUACGUUGCAGGGUCCGCUCAGAGGGAGUAACUUUGAAUACCAAAUCCGCUUCGAUUUGGAUAUUCUCGCUUCUACUGCUCGCUUGAUCUCAACGAGGCAUCAAACCGUGGUACUAUAAAUUGAAUUGAAUUGCUUUGGUCUCGGACGUUAACUCCCCUCACAUCGACAUCAUGGCCUGCUCAAUCUCCAGAAUACCGGAAGAACUCGUCGAACGCAUUCUCUCAUAUGCCUUAGCUCCCUCCCCUUCCUCAUACUCAGCUCUCGCUCCCAUCCGUUCGUCGUCAAAACCAGACACCUCGCUCUCACUAUUCCGCCCAUCCACUCCUUCCGUUGCAUCUUUCCGUCUUUCCCCUCUCCUCGUAUGCAAACUCUGGCUUCGAAUCGGUACUCCUCUCUACUACCGCUCCAUUCACCUCACGUCCCAACACCAAACUCGACUUCUGGCUUCCUUACUAGAAAGUCAACCGAGUCUUGGUGCAUGUAUUAGGGAGGUCAGGGUCGAGGGCGUGUUUUCUGGGCUUGUGGAUGUCGUUAGGCAUCUGGGCCGUUGUGUUCCCGCACCUCUAGGCUUCAACGCUUCGGGGUCGUUACUAGGAGAUGGGCAGAGUCCUGGCCACAACUGCAAGAAGCUAGAGAAACUAGACUGCCGGCUGGAUGGUUCAACAUCUAUAGAAGACGUCCAAGCGUUCUGUGCCGCUGUGGAUGCCUUGGGUGAUGUUAAACAUCUGGUUGUACGAAAGAACGCGAACGCGUAUCUUACGCAACCUGGUGCCAUUUCGGUGAUGAAGAGUUUGAGUGACGGGGUGAGGAGGUGGAUUGGUAUUGUGAGUAUUCAAUUUUCAAGUUCUACACUUUGUAUCAGUAUUCUGCUAUUUCUUCUGCCCAUCCCCGUAGAGAUCUAUAAUGCUGAUGCAUCAUUUCUCGUUUCUCAGGAAUCCGUAGAGCUUGCGUUUCGUUUCUCCCCCAUCAUCUCUAACUCGCACACAACCGUCUUCCACAUAGGCGCAAACUCGAUUUCUCCCAACGCUCACAUUCAAUCUGUCCAUUCCACCGCUAGCCUGAACACAUCAGACGACACGUUCAGCCAACUCCACCCCACCGCUCAACUCACAUCCGCACUCACCCAUGCACCGAAUUUGAAAGUCUUCAAGACGGAAUUACCAGCCGUGUGGAAUACAGCCCUUCUGGAGAUCUCUUCUAAUACCUCAUUACGGAGAAUUCACAUUUGCAACCCUCCUUUGAGUUUGCAACACCAACCUCAGCACCGAUCCCAAUCACACGUCAUGUGCCCUUAUCCCUCGCCGUCACACGUACAGUUCUCAACUUUGCCGUCGUUCUCGUCGUUGUAUAUGAGAGAGGCCAGGAAACAUCCGAGGUUGAUGGAACUUAUACGGGCUGGGAUGGAAGUUGCUGGUAUAGGUGCUGAUGCAGGCACUCACGCUAUGGGAGGAGGAGCAAGGCAUCGUGCUUGGACCCUUGCUACUGGAGACUCCCCGCCGCCAUCUCCACCUGCGCCUUCGAGUUUCAAGACUGCCUCCGUAAAUCCUACAGGUCCCUCGGUGCAGGUUGCUUGGCCUGUUUGCGAUCGUGCAGGUGGAUUCGAAGACCAAGAAGGAGGCGGGGAGGGACGGUUGCUUGGUGUACAGGCCCCCCAAACCCGGAAGGGAAAGGAGAGAAGAUUAAGUGCCGCUUGAUCGGUGUGCCUUGGACCUUGGUCGCUGGUUUUUAUCUCCAUUCUGCCUCACAUUCGCUUUUACAGUCUCAUCCAUCCAUCCAUUUUCUCUCUCUCCAAACACAAUCUCUCAUCUCUCAUUCGUCACUUCGAUACCAUUCUGGGGCCUGCAGAGUCCCCAUAUAUGAUACCCCCUUGCCCAAAUUGCCAACUCGAACAGGACAUGUAGAUGUUCUGCGUAUACCUUCGUUUCGUUUAACGUUUCAUUUCUUGUGAUACUGCUCUUCGCCUUGUUUUUUUUUCCCUUCUUACGCUCUCGUAUGUUCUUAGGUAGUUGGGUCUUUUGUUUGUCGGACUUUCUUGCUUUGGGUAGCCGUCGCUCGUUUGCUCGUUCGUUAAUCUCCUUGUUUUUCUUUUGAUAUCUUUUGCAUGGUUGCAACUAGUGAAGUCGAAUUUGAUCAAGUUCUGUUGGACGAUGUAUGUGGACAUGAGGAAAGUCAGAAUGCAGGAAGCUCCUCGUUAGCGACUCCUCAGAUGUUACUGUAGACCGCACAAUGCUGAAACAAAUCCUUCGAUAAUAUAGUCUGU